UUCACUUAUUUAUGUUUAUUGCCUUCUCUUAUUCUUUUCUCUCUCUCCAAUUCUAGGGUUUCUAAUUUUCUCUCCAAAAAAAAAAACACAAAAAAACUCUACUAAUGGCUAACAUGCUCUUACAAGAAUCAAAGUACAUAGCUUGAAAGACUUUGCAACUAUACCACAAGGAAAAUUAAGCAGGAAACCAAUGGCUUCUUCGAGCAGUUACUCGAACCCUCCAUGUGCAGCUUGCAAAUUCUUGAGAAGAAAAUGUUUACCAGGUUGCAUCUUUGCUCCUUAUUUUCCACCAGAAGAGCCACAAAAAUUCGCAAACGUACACAAAAUAUUUGGUGCAAGCAACGUAAGUAAACUCCUGAACGAAAUUCAACCUCACCAGAGAGAAGACGCGGUUAAUUCUCUUGCUUAUGAAGCUGAAGCGCGUAUGAAAGAUCCAGUUUAUGGUUGUGUUGGAGCUAUUUCAGUACUACAAAGACAAGUUAUACGUCUUCAAAAAGAACUCGAUGCUACAAAUGCUGAUUUAAUGCGAUAUGCUAGUAAUACUAAUCCAAAUUUGGGUUAUGGGAGAAGUACUGGAUUUCAUCAAACUAAUUAUGGAUUUUCUCCUAAUACUACAAUAUGGAACAAUAACCCUGAUCAGGCUGCAGAUGAUGAUAUAUAGUAACUAGCAUCUGAAAUUCAUGUCCCAAUUAUGAUUUUUAAUUAUUUAUUUACUUGUUUCUGUGAUGCUAUAUAAAUAUAGUUACUGAGCAUUAUUAUUAAUUGCUCCGUUUUGAAUGGGCAAUUAAGUGCAUCUGUAUUGUACAAAAACUGAAUUAUGAAUAUAUGGUGAUGAUUUGGGUAUUGUUCUAAUUAAGUUUUAUGUGCCAA